UCUGCUGCUCAGCUGUCCACACUGCAGGAUGGGAAGACCCAAAUGCAGCCGAGAGCCAGGUCCCACCCCGGAAAAAUUUCCAGGUCCUGUUGGGAACAUGUUUGUUGGGAGGAUUUACUGUCAUUAAUCCUGUUAGCCCGAUAAUCACAGGAGUUUGCUUUCUCUGAGGCUAUAAACUCAGGGGGUAGUAGGAAGUGACCCAUGAAUGACCCUGAGAAAUUUAUCUGGUCAAUCAAAUUUGGGACGUUGGUUGCGGAGAAUCCAUUGAAGUUGACAGCAAUUAUUCCCUGUCUCAUCCAAGUUCAAGAGAAGGUUGGGCCAUCGAGGCUGAAACAGGAAAGCAAUUAAGGCUCAGUCCUGCUGCUAAAGAACCAAGAAGAAUCACAGCCCUGGCUGCCGUCGUUGGAGGCUGCGAGGAAGGGUUGGACGUGAGGCUUGGUGGGGUUCCCAGCUCACACAGCUGCCCCCGCCUGAGCGUCGGGGAGUCUCCGGGGUCAACCAGAAGCCGGAUCUGUGGGUUGGGAUCCUUGCCCCGCCGGCGACAGAUUCUCCACUGUUCCCAGCUGCUCCGCCCCUGCAUCCCCAGAUCUGCCCCCUGCCCUGGGCUGGGGACCAGCCGUCAUGACGGACACGCCAGUGGAAGAAUCCCUCUUCCAAAUCAUCCACUGCUACCACCAGUAUGCGGCCCGGGAAGGUGACGUGGAGACACUGUCCCUGGAGGAGUUCAAGGCCCUGCUCAUGGACAAUGUCCCCCGCUUCAUGGAGAGCUUGGGCCGGAAGGAGCCGUACUACAUCUCGGAGUUGUUCCGGGCGGCAGACAAGAACAAGGACAAUCAGCUCUGCUUCGACGAGUUCCUCCACGUCCUGGGCAAGCUGGCGAGGGACUACCACCUGCAGUACCACCGGCAGCUGUGCGCCCACCACUGCGCCCGGUACGGCCUCUAUUAGAGGCGUUCCCGCAGCCUCCUGCCCACUGGAGCCCGACCCCAGCAGCAGGCUGAGCUGGCUGUGGGCAGCUGAAUGGAGA